AUGGCGCUGCUGGACGUGGUGGUGCAACAUCCGGUUGUUGCAGCCGCUGCUGUCAUCUUGAUCGCCACUAUCGUCGCCUCGAUACGUGCGCGGAGCAUCAGCAAUUAUCCUGAUCUGCCAUGGGUCGGGAGGAAGACGAAUUCGUUUGGUGCCACCACGAUUGCGAACUUCAGCAGUCCGAAGAACACACGAGAAUGGCUGGAAGAAGGGUAUUACAAGUACACCAAGCAUGGGAAGUCUUUCUUAAUGCCUAAUAUCUCCGGAAAGCCGCUUAUCAUCGUCCCAAACGACCGACUCCAAGCAUACAACGACCAGCCGGAAGAUGUACUCAGUGCAUGGCAAGCACAUUACGAUACCUUGGCUUGCAAGUACACCUUCACGGAUUCUGAUCUGGUUCGGAUCCGAUUCCACGAACACGUCCUGACUACACACAUGCCGCGCAAGCUGAAGGACAUUCUUCCCACAAGCUACGACGAAUUAUCAGUGACCAUGGAGGAGAUCCUCGGUACUGACACUACCAACUGGAAAGAAGUCAACAUCACGAAAAUGAUGACCAAGAUUGCCUGCCGAGUGAGCAACCGCACAUUAGUCGGCCUUCCACUAUGCAGAGAUCAAGCUCUUCUCGACGACUGCGUCCACUUCGCCGAAGACGCCAUUCGCUGCAUCAUCGUCAACAUGCUACUCCCAACUCUCCUCGAACCCGUCAUGAAUCUAGUGGCACUCCCCAAUUGGUACCACUACUUCAAAGUCCGCAAAAUGAUCGCCCCCGUAAUCGAAAAGCGCAUCGCAGACAUCGAAGCCGAAGCUGCCAACCCAGACACCAAACACAACAUCCCAGACGACUACAUCACCUGGCACAUCCGCACCGCCCGCGCCGAAGGCAAACUCUGGGCCCUCGACAUCUCCUGGACAGUCCGCUGUCUCCUCGCCCUCGAAUUCGCCACAAUCCACACAACCCUCAUAACAGGCAGCAAUGCCAUCCUCGACAUUUUCUCCUCCAAAACCGACAUCCAAGCCUCCCUCCGCGAAGAAGCCGAACGCGUUUUCGGCGAGUCCUCAAAUAACACCACACACAUCUCCGCCGAAAACGAAAAAGGGAUCUGGUCAAAACAAAACCUCGCGAAACUCCUCCGCACAGACUCCGCUCUUCGAGAAUCUAUGCGAAUAGGAGACUUCGCUUCUCUCAAUGCCCGUAAAGUCGUACAUCCCAAUGGAAUGUACGAUCCCGUGGAGAACUUCACAGCACCUUAUGGCUCCUCCGUCGCAGUCCUAGCCUAUAAUCGCCACCACGACCCAGACGUCUACUCCGAUCCCAACACUUUCGACCCUUACCGCUUCUCUCGCCCUCGCGAAGAAUUCGCCGCUGCUGCGGAGCGUGAAGGCGAGAAAUUGGAGGGUAAAGCGAGAGAGGAAUGGCUUCGAUUGCAGAAUUAUAGUAUGACGAGUGUCGGGAAAGAUAAUAUGGCUUUUGGAAUGGGGAGACAUGCUUGUCCUGGAAGGUUUUUCGCGCAGCAGGAGUUGAAGUUGUUGGUUGCGUUUUUGGUUAUGCAUUAUGAUGUUGAGACGUUGCCGGAGAGGCCGCAGAAUAUCAAUAUGGGUGGGAGUGGAGUGCCGCCUUCCGGUGCGACGAUUAAGGUCAGGAGGCGGGCGGUGAAGGCUUAGAUUUUCAUUGCAUGAGUCUGUCAUUAUUUCGAUUGGCGUGUGAAGUUGUACUUAAGUGAUUGCAGGAACACAGCACAUAUUAUCGAUUCCUCUCAUCACUUUUCGCCUGAACUUUGCUCCAUGAAUGAAUGUUCUGCUCCAUAGUGUUGACAUCGCGCCUCAACGACUGCUGCCAGAAUCAGACCGUGGUCUCACUGCCCCAUCCAUUUCGACAUCCUCGUUCUCCAACCCCUCGCUUGGUUCUAAACUGGCCUCCUCAAUUCUCCCUCUGGAUC